GUGUCAGCUGAUGAGCAACUGGGAAUCCUGUUACUUCCCCGUCUGCUCUCAUUCAGGAGGUUUCUUACAUUGAGGAAAAAGAAGUCUAUUUUUUCAUUUACUGUGCUGGUGGAGUGAGGCCGUUUUGUGUUCUUUUUAAACUUUACAUUUCAAAACUGGCUUUGGGAUACUAAUAGAAACCCAUUGCCACUGACUGCAGCAUGGGAACUAAUGAUUCGUACAAUUUUGUUUUUAAAGUGGUGUUGAUAGGGGAGUCUGGUGUUGGAAAAAGCAACCUUCUGUCCCGCUUUACCAAGAAUGAAUUCAAUCAUGACAGCCGUACCACCAUCGGUGUAGAGUUCAGCACACGAACUGUUCAGCUGGACACCUUCACCAUUAAAGCUCAAAUCUGGGACACGGCAGGGCUGGAGAGAUACAGGGCUAUCACUUCAGCGUACUACAGAGGAGCAGUUGGAGCCCUCUUGGUGUAUGACAUUAGCAAACACCUGACCUAUGAGAGUGCAGAGCGGUGGCUGAAAGAGCUGUAUGACCAUGCAGACCCUCACAUGGUGGUGAUGUUGGUCGGAAACAAGAGCGACCUGGACACCAUCAGGACUGUGCCAACAGAGGAAGCCAGAGACUUUGCAGACAAGAAAGGGCUCAUGUUUAUGGAGACAUCGGCACUGGACUCCACAAAUGUAGAAGCUGCUUUCAAUGAAGUUCUGACAGCCAUCCAUAGGAAGGUAGCCAGCAGAGAGGUGACUCGUGGCUCUAUUAGUGCUGUGACCCUGUCCAGCCCCCUUGGACCAACCAGUGAGACUCAGGGAGAACGUAAAGGCUGCUGCAAGAGCUCCUAACAGACUGCUGUCCCCAAAAAGAUUUCCCUUGACUGUGUUGAAUCAACAUGUUGCUUGACUGUCAAUCGAGCAUGUAGCCUCAAGUUUAGUCUGAAGAGCAAGAAAGAGAGGUUAAUGUUCGUGAAAUGAUUUAAAAAACAAAAACUGUACAGUUUAUAGCUCAUUGAUUACAUGUUGCAAAUAUUUAGUAAAUCCUUAUUUUAUACAUUACUUAUGGUGGUUGUUGGGCAAUUCUUUUUCUUUUUAUGUUUUUAGUGAUGGUUUGCAAAGUUGUAUUGUCUUUAUAAAAGAAUGCACAGAGUUUGAUCAGGAAUAAAUUAUUUAAAUAAUUUUGUUUUCAUUUAAUUAUCAUUACCUGCAUGAGACACAUAAACUAAAGCAGAGCGGUUAGUAGGAAGGAGUAGUGUACAUUUAUUAUUGAUACAAGCAAUCAAAACCUUCCAAUAACCCCACAUUUUAAGCACUUGAGGAACAGGGGAGCUAGUUAAUGUCCAGCUUCCUUUCAUCAAUAAACAGACCCUCCAAAGUGCUUCCAUAUAACUGCCCCUUCCUUGUAUAUUUGUUGUUGUUUUUCAUUCUUUUGUCCAGUUUAUACCAAAGAAAUGUGAUAAAGUUAAACACAGUGCUGAUCUCAUGAUGUUUUCAGUCUUCUUUUCUCUCAGAGCUCAUGGAUAUGAUCUUGUUUUAAGAAUGAAACCCUGACCAACCAGUCUCUCCUUUCUUACAUACCAGUUUUCCUGCACUAUUUUCCCAUUAAUCAAAUGUCAUAAUACUACAACAUUUGAUGGGGUAUUAACAUUUUACUCUGAUAAUAUUAAUAAAAAUCAUGUUUGUGUCUAAUAUGCACAAUAAUUUGAUGAGACAGUUUCAUUUAAACAAGAAAAUACACUUAGAAGAUGUUGGAGCUGCUUAUACAGCUGAUAUGAUGCGUUGAAGGUGUUGACUCCUAUCAGGCUGUAGGUGGCAGUAUUUAAAACCUGACGAUGCAGUGCUGAAAUAAAUUUACUCCAAGUCUAAUUUACUACUAAUCCACAUGUUUCAUCCAUCUAAUCCCUCACUGGGCCUUCCAUUAAUGGUCAUGAUAUUUAGCUUGCGCAGGAUUGUUGUUAUAGAAGAAAACUUCUGCGGCUUCUUGGAAUUGAUUUACACUUUUCUCUCACAAAUAGUAAAUUCAUUGACGGACUGGAUGCUUUGAUGCCAGUAUGUGUAUAUGCAGAGGAUCUCAUUGCUGUGGAUGUGAUUGGACAGGCUCAUAUGGCACAGCUGAGAGAAUAUAUAUCUACAGCAGUGCUUGCUAAUGACAUUCUGGACAGAUAGUGCUCUAUCUCUGGCAAACAGAUGUGCAUGGGGAGCCUUUGCUGUGGUUUCAAUGCGUCUGCAUGUGUGUGUGCGAGCACAGACUCCCCCCAAGCAAGAUUUCUCUGCCGGAGAUGAUUUUGCCACAGUGAAAUGACCAUAAAUGUUUUUACUAAGUCUGUCUUGUGAAAAUAUGAUAGGGAGGCUCUGCAGCAGGCAGUAAAUGUUUAAUUAUAUCUUGUGAAUGAAGAUAUUUUUAUGGGCAGGGUAAAGACAUCUGGAGUAAUAAUCCAUACAGGCUGAGCAGGUUGAAAUCCUGGUCAUGAAAUCUUUAAAUCUUGCUUUGUCCUCCUAAGUCUAGAUGUAAUGCUUGUGUAGUGAAAGAAAAUUGAAACUUAAAGAAUUACAAGCUCUCUGUUCUUUGAGUCAGAACAAGAGCACUGAGCAGUGAAGCAAUGUUUUCUCAUCACUUCAGGUUCUUGCAAAUUCCUCCUCUCUUCGUGUGUUUCUGACCUCGCCCUGGAGGCAAGGCUCUUGCUGUGGUUGGAAAGAGCUGAAUUUAACACAUACAUGUGAUGGCUAUUACUGCCAUGCUACUAGACAUGUGUAGCUUGUAAAAAGAGCAUCUAAAACCAGGACUCAGAUGUUAAAGCGCUGGCACCUCUGACCCCAACAUGGAUCUGUUUAUCUACUGUUUAUGAUUUCUCCGCCUCCAGCACUUCGUUUCUGGGGGGAGUCUAAUCUGCUAAGAAUUUACAGCUGCAGCACCACAUCUGUACGGGUUUUAUUAUGAUCUUUGUGUUUCAUGUGACCUUUGAACCCACAGUGAAGGGAUCUUCUAAAGUAGUUCUUAUGAAAUCCAUCAUCUCUGUUGCACCUUGCUUUCUCUUCCUCUCUUUACCUCCUGAAAUGGAUUCACAAAGCUCUUGUUCUGUUGUUUAUUUUUGCUUCCUGUUUUUGUGUGUGUUUAUAUGUGAUUGCAAGCGAUGUAAAUCCUACAGUCAGCACAAACAUUCAAAUGCACAUGACAGCUUUAAUAAAAAGAAAAUAAACAACUGAA